AUGGCCACCCUCGGUAUCACAUUCACCGGUGCUGCGCUCUCCAUGGGCGGUAAGAAGGCUGAGGACCCCACCACUCCCCCGAUCAAUGCAAAGAGCAGCGAGGAGGAGAGCUUCGUAAAGGAGUACGUCAAGAAGGCCGCCGACAAGGUCCAAGGAAAGCAAUAA